AUGGCGCCGCGCCCCGCCGCCUCCGUCUUCGUCGUCGGCGCCGUGGUGGCCCUGCUCCUGCUCCCUCCUCCCGCGGCGGCGGCGCCCGUGGGGGUGAACUGGGGCACGAUGAUGUCGCACCCCAUCCACCCGUCCGCGGUGGUCGAGAUGCUGCGCGCCAACGGGGUCGACCGGGUGAAGCUCUUCGACGCCGACCCCUGGACGGUCGCCGCGCUCGCCGGGUCGGGCGUCCAGGCCAUGCUCGCCGCGCCCAACGACCAGCUCGCCUCCCUCGCCCGAGACCCGCGCCGCGCGCGCGACUGGGUCCGCCACAACGUCACGGCCAACAUCAACGCCGGCGUCGACGUCAGGUAUGUGGCUGUUGGCAAUGAACCUUUUCUGAAGAGCUAUAAUGGCAGCUUCAUCAACAUUACCUUUCCAGCACUCAAGAACAUGCAGAGGGCUCUAGAUGAGGCUGGCUUUGGCCAACGGAUCAAGGUAGUUGUGCCACUGAAUGCUGAUAUCUACAGCUCCCCUGAGAACAAACCAGUGCCAUCUGCUGGGAGUUUCCGCAAGGAUAUCAAUACCCUCAUGGUUGACAUUGUUAAUUAUCUCCAUGCAAACGAUGCGCCCUUUGUGGUUAACAUCUACCCAUUUCUCAGCCUAUAUCAGAAUCCCAACUUCCCGCUGAAUUUCUCCUUCUUUGAUGGUGCCACCAAGCCAGUGUAUGAUCAAGGAAUGGUCUACACCAAUGUGUUUGAUGCCAACUUCGAUACUCUUGUCUGGUCAUUAAGGAAAGCUGGUGUGCCCGACAUGAGAAUCAUUGUUGGUGAAGUUGGCUGGCCAACGGAUGGUGAUAAGAAUGCUAACAUCAAAUAUGCACAGAGGUUCUAUAAUGGUUUUCUGAGGAAGAUGGCCAAAAAUAUCGGCACACCUCUGAGACCUGGUCGUAUGGAAGUUUACCUGUUUGCAUUGAUUGAUGAGAACCAGAAGAGUGUCCUGCCUGGACGCUUUGAGCGUCACUGGGGACUAUUCACGUAUGAUGGAAAACCAAAGUUCUCUAUGGAUCUCAGUGGAAAUGGCAAGGGCAAUUUGGCUGAAGUGAAAGGGGUGCAGUACUUGCCAUCACAAUGGUGUGUAUUCAACAAGGAUACAAAGGAUAAGUACAAAGAUCUGCCGGCCUCUGUAAACUAUGCAUGCUCAAAUGCAGAUUGUACACCACUGGGGUAUGGGGCCUCAUGCAAUGGUCUCAGCCAUGAUGGAAACAUAUCAUAUGCAUUCAACAUCUAUUUCCAGACAAUGGAUCAGGAUGUCAGGGCUUGUUCUUUUGGAGGCCUUGCAAUGAUCACAACAACAAAUGCUUCACAAGGAGGGUGCUUGUUUCCAGUACAGAUUCUGAGUGCUUCAGGAAGAGUGGUGCCACUGAUAUUUUGGCCUAUAACCUUGGUUAUGCUAGUCUCUGUGAUCAAUCUACUGUAG